AAAAGAGGAAGUAAAUUUGAAUCGAAUUUCAUAACAAAACUGAAAAAGGAAAGUAGAUUCAAAGUAAUUGUCAUCAUAUUCUUUAUAGACAGAAAAAUAGACAGUAAUUACAAUCAAUUUUAAUAGAAAAUAAUUUCAAGAAUGUCGCAAGAUCCUGAUUAUUACCGGACUGUAUCACUGAAACUGUCAGAGGUGCUCUGUGACAUUGGUGUCAAUGAGAGAAUGCUUCUGAAGAGGAGGAGGGUGUAUUUGUUGAUGGAAACUACGUUCACUAGUACACAAAGAUUGCUGAGAGAGAACAUAUUCACCUUUCAGUUUGGUAGCCGAUCUGAAGGGUCUACAACGAUAGGACUCCAUUCAGAUAUUGAUACGCUCAUCUGCGUCAGAACGCUUAUUGUGAUACAGAACUGGAGUGAGUGGCAACUAGGCAGGCAUAAUUUGCUGAUGAUCCAGGAUGAGACUACCUCACCAGGUUACUGUAUACUACAAAUGCUAAGGGAUGAUGAGCCUCUUCCUAUUUCCAUUUCUAUACCUGAUCAUAUAACAGACAGAACUUAUACAGUUAUCAGAGGUAAAGUGCUGAUGAAGAACACAUGUUUCAGAGAUAUCCCUUUAGCAGGAAGUGUAGUAAAUGGUCCUGCUUCCUCAAGGCAAGGAAGUCCAUGUUAUGCAGAUCAAGAUUAUGUUGUAGCAUACCACUGUAAAUCAUGGCCUGUAGAAGCCCAAUCUUGGUUAGUAAGACAAGGUAUAGGAAAGUGGCCUUCAGAGGAAAUGAAGAGAUAUUGCGAGACUACAGGAUGUUUUGUUGUACCAGUGAGCAGUAAAAAUAGCCAACAUGAAGAACUUGAAUGGAGAUUAUCUACUGCUCAGGCUGAAAAAUGUCUGAUGUUCAGUUUAAACAUCACCCAAUUAAGAUGUUACAUCCUGAUGAAGAUGAUUCUUAAAACAUUCAUAAAUCCUCAAUUUAAUGGUGCCCUUUCAAGUUAUAUGUGCAAAACUGUUUUAUUUCAUUGUAUACAAAAUACACGUUCAAAUAUCUGGGUGCAAUCUAACUUACUUACAUGUUUGAUGUGCUGCCUUACAGUAUUGCAGAACUUUGUAAGAGAAGAAAACUGUCCACAUUUUAUAUUGCCUAAAAACAAUCUGAUGGCCGAAAGAAUUUCUCCUUGUAACAAACAUAAAAUUCUGGAAAUCCUACAUGAUAUCUUACAAGGUGAAGGUCGUGCACUGAUGGAGAUUCCCAUUGAUGACCUUGGUAGAAGACUGAAGGUGAAGAUGAACAUGGAUGAAGCUUUUCAGUAUUACCCAACUCCAUCCCACAUACAUACUCAGAUUUCAACAGAGCUGCUACUUUCUACUUCUCAUACAAUAAGUUUAAGUCACAUCCACGUUUUACAAAAACUAAAUCUUGAUGGAAAUGCGAUAGUGCGUGAUAAUUUAUCAAACUUUAUGUCAACACUAACUAAUGUGUACAGGAAAAUGGGUUUUAAUCGUCUGGAAAAAUAUGUAUUGAAACUUAUAACACCUAUGUUUUCAUCUUCAUUAGGAUCUGUGAUAGCAUCUCAUGACAUUUACACUACUCACAGUAUAUCACCAGAAGCACUGUCCUGGUUUUCAUUUGGUUUGAACUCAGAUGUGGCAUCUGGUGGAUUGAAACUUGCAUCAGCAUUAUAUUGUGUAGGAGAUAUGGAAAGAGCAGAGUUAGUUCUGAGGAAUACAGACGAAAACUAUGAUCUGAAUACUGUUGAACCUGUAUGUCAAUGUAAUAAUCGUGAUUGGUUUUACCAAAGGCAAGGAUUCAUGCAUAAAUGUAACACUGGAAAUGAAGAAGUGUUAAAACAUUACACAGCAUUUUGUGUUAGAUUUCUGAGGUGUGAAAUUUGCUGUGUUCCAAAAGAGCUACAAUCUGAAAUGUUUAGAUCUACACAAGAGGACAGGCUCGAAAGGGAUGAAAUGUUUGACAAUUGGAUGGAUUUGGCAGUGGUAGAUUCUCUCCCUUACCUCUACUUUUUACAGUACAAGACCUACGGAGCUCUUCAGAGAAUGGCAGACCAACAAUGUGCACUUGAAAACCUUGUCACUAGCAUUGAAACAGAAUCUAAAUUAGGUCACAAGGAAACAGCACUAAACUUACUAGGACAGUGUAUGGAACAGGAAAAAAGACAAAUUGAUGCUUUACACUGUUACAUGAUAUCUCUUAAUACCCAAGCAAGAAACAAUGUAGCAAAUUUUCUAAUCUGUAGACUUCUCAAUGAAAUAGUUAGCAUGCAGAGAAAUACACCGAGCUGAACAGGGUAUAUAUCUGCAUAAAGCUAAUGUUUGAUGCUAUAAAAACACUCUUAUGAACUAUCUCUUAUUCAUACAAGUACUAUACAGGCAUUGCAAAAAUCUUAAAUGCCUAGAUUCACUACUAUAUAAGUGCCCCCCUCCCCCCACAAACACACACAAUCCAAUAUAGGAGAGAUCGUGUUUGUAUACAAAUUCUAUUUUUAGAACUGAUAAGACAGUGAUCGGGUGGGCAGAAGCCGACCGUUCAUGUUUUUUGUAAACAGUGAUGUUUUUCUAACGGUCUAAACUUUCUUAAAACACAAAUUACAUAAAUAAUUUUUUGAUCA